UUGCAACCGAAACUUGUUUAGCUCAGCUUUAUUCUAACGAAAUAAUCAAAUUAUUUUGAUGCUUCUCGGGUAGUUGCAAUUGGGAGACGAUAUACACAACACCAUGUCUUCCAAGACAAUCGCAGUGUGGAUUUUGGUUCUUUGGAUAAACUCCUUUGGGACGAAACCUGCCAUUGGAGAAGGACACCAGCUAGAAAUCACUCAUCCCGAUGGAUUGGCCUCGCGAAGGGAAUCGACGUCAGAGGAUGAUGAGGGAAAUCCACAGGUCGAAGGUGAAAUCCAACAAAGGUUUCAGAGCCCGCAUGCAGGCACAUUGGUUUUAAUCUACAAAACUGGAUCAAAUGGGUACCGAAUCAGGUAUACCUACGAGGCAGAUAGUCAAAAACCUAAAAACGAGACGUUUUCAAUAAAAAGAAUCGGAGUUAACGCUCUGAAAUCGACGGUGGGAUGAGUGUAAGUCAAUAAAUUAUCGAAAUAAU